AAAACAGAACAUUAUACUCCGUCUAUUGAGUUGUUCGUUCAUCAAGCCCUUACAUUACUCAGUGCCUCUAAAUCUAAAUCAUUAUACGCAACACAUAGCAAAACCUGGAUCUUAGUGGGGGAAACAGAUAAAGGAAACAGUGGGGGAAACCGAUAA